AUCCAUUUUGUACAGCUUCAAAUUUUAAAAACUAUAAUCGAAAAGAACAGUUAUCGAAGCAAAGAAUACAUUAUAUUAUACGAAGAAUGCGAAUCCAAACAGUAAGAAGUAUAUUUUUGAUAAAUAAGGAAGUUAAUAUCAAACUAAAGCAUUCAUUUUAUAUAUUAAACACUUAGAGUAUAUAACGACUACAUUUUACUAAAGGUAAUAAAAACGUCAUGUCUAUUUUGUACUUUUAACGUAAUCAUUAAUUCGCUUUUUCCACUAUGUUCGAACAGAAUAUGAUACUCUUAUAAUCAUUCAAAAUUACAAGUACUAUGAUUAUAAUAUACACGUCGAAAAUAUUGGUAAAGCAAUGAAUUGUGUUGUUUAGUUAAUAACACAGGAGAAUUUAAGAUUGAAUGGUGGUUGUGUUAGAACGUUUCGUUGACGAAAGCUCUGAUUGUUCACGCAUAUGAGUGAUAGAUUCGUGGGUGUAGAAGUUCUGGCAAUUCUUCUUAGCAAAGUCUACAUUCAAACACGCGUGGUCAAUGUAAUGAACCAUCACAUUGUCACAAUACAGAGUGUUACUUCCGUCGACGGACAAAUUAUUGUCAGUGUGGAACGAGUGUUAUCCGCGCAGUGAAUUCAGUCGUCGAUCUAUGAUCGUCACGUUUACAAACAUUCGUAAAAUGUUUCAGAGAAAUAGUUAAGAUGCAAGCAAGGAAAAUUCGUUGGAUUGUUCAAGUCGAAGGAGAUCCAUGGAAUGGAGAAAGCGUCGAGGAACAAAUUUCUUCUAUUAGAUAAAUAACGACGUACUGAGUGUGAAAUAACAUGAGUUAAUUAACAUGAAUUGCAAGAUAUGUGAUGUGUUCAGGAAUUCACAUAAUAGGCUGUGCAUUGAAUAAAAAAGUAUAUAUGUAUACACGUGCAAAAUAUUCAGUGAUUUUAAAUGAUUUUAAAUAAAAACCGAUUAUGGAUGAUGAUAUUUAUGAACGAGAGGAUGUACAGAAGAAGACGUUUGCAAAAUGGAUAAAUUCGCAAUUACUCAAGAAUCAUCACGAACCGAUUACCGAUUUGUUCGUCGACCUGAGAGAUGGCAAUCGACUGUUGUCCCUUUUGGAAGUACUCACAUCAAAAGUUUACAAAAGAGAACGUGGUCGAAUGAGAGUUCAUCAUCUAAAUAAUGUUAAUAAAGCUCUGCAAAUUCUAGAACAGAAUAACGUGAAACUCGUAAAUAUUAGCAGUAACGAUAUCGUUGAUGGUAAUCCUAAGCUAACACUUGGAUUAGUAUGGAGUAUCAUUCUACACUGGCAGGUACAUUACCAUCUCAAGGAUUUAAUGACAGAAUUACAGCAGACGAAUUUGGAAAAAACUCUUUUAGCAUGGUGUCGUCAGAAUUCACAGAAUUACCCUGGAGUUGAUAUUAAAAAUUUCACCACAUCCUGGUCGGAUGGUUUGGCAUUUAACGCGAUUCUCCACAAAUGGAAACCACAUUUGUUUGAUUUUAAUAAUAUAGCGCGUAAACAUCCUAAUGCUAGACUGGAUCACGCAUUUCGUAUCGCUCAGGAACAGUUGGGUAUCGAGCGUUUGUUGGAUCCAGAAGACGUGAACACAUCGGUGCCAGACAAGAAGUCAAUAAUGAUGUAUGUUAUGUGUCUCUUCCAAUCGUUACCUCAUUCCGGAGAUGAUAUAGGCGAGAUAGAUCUUUCAGUAGCGAGCGAUGGUAGUCCGGUUACAACACCCGGAGCUGAGAAUCCAUUAUCAUUUACAAAUUUUGGAACGCCAACCUCGAGGCCGAUGAGUCUAGCAACGAAUGUGUCCGUGGAACUCGGUGGCUAUCAGGUUGCUCUUGAAGAAGUUCUCACCUGGCUUCUUGAGGCAGAAGAUAAAUUAAAUCACGCUCCAGAACCUGGAUCUAGUUUGGAAGUAUUAAAGCAACAGUUCCACGAGCAUGAAACCUUUCUAAUGGAGUUAUCCGGACACCAGGACGGUGUCGGUGCUGUACUGCAGGAAGGUGCGAGAUUAUUAGCGGAGGGUGGUUUACACAAGGACGAAGAGCACGAAGUUCGCGUCCAAAUGUCACUAUUAAAUUCUCGAUGGGAAGGACUUCGAAUGAGCGCGAUGGAAAGACAAACUAAAAUUCAUGAGGUACUUAUGCAAAUGCAACAAGGCCAAUUAGACGCAUUACGGCAAUGGUUAACGAGUACCGAAGAUAGAAUUUCGCGAGUGGCAGCUAUUGAAUUAAAUCAAUCUGCUUUAGACGAUCAACUGAAACAAUUAAAUGAACUAGAACAAGAUAUUGAAGCGCAACAGGGAGUCGUCGAUGGUAUGAGGAAUAUGGUAGUUGUUGUGGAUGAGGAAAAUUCCGAAGCGGUUUAUGCUCAAAUGGAAGAUCAAUUAUCUGCUCUUGGAGAACGAUGGACUCACAUUUGCCAGUGGAAAGAAGAGAGGAGGCAACGUUUACAGUCUCUUUCUUCGCUUUGGCAAAACAUUAAUGACGAUUACAAGAGAUUAGUAUCCUGGUUAAAUGAAACUGAAAUUACAUUAAAACAAAUGGAGGCAAACCCAGCAUCUGAAAUUGGCGAGGUAUUGGAAAGGAUUAAAAGGUUGCAGAUUUUGAAAAUGGAAAUGGAUUCAAAUCAAAGAAAAUUAACGUCUUUGCAAGAAUCGGUUCAAGAAUUGGAAGGGCAAAGUACCUCGCCAGAGUGUGUUACUAUAUUGGAAAAGUUAGAAAAUUUGCAAGAUCAAUGGGAAGCUAUAGGGCAAAUAAUGGAAGUGCAGACUCAAAGGAUUACUAGUUCAGGAUUCGAGUUUGAUCUAAAAUCAGAAAGAGAGACAACUAUGAUUACAGGUAACGAAUGGAUGUCUGAGACAGUAACAAGUAUUGCUUAUAAAGAAGAAAUCAGUGCAACGUCAACACCGCAUAGUGAUUCAAAGAAACGCCGUGUAGAUAGCACCGCUAGACAUGAAUUUGAAUCUGCUUUGCAUAAUCUCUAUAAGUGGAUCGAUUAUGUUGAUUUAGAAAUUGGACGAUCCGAGGGAAUGUUUGAUGAAUUAAGUGUUGAAGAAAAGAAAGUAGUAUAUAAUGACACGAUAGCUGAUAUAGAAUCCCACAAAGAUGAAUACAACAGAGUUUUAGAAUUGGGGAAACAACUUCUUGAUGAAUUAAAUAAUGCAAACGAAUCAACCGAAGCGGAGGAAUCAAAACUUAAAGACAUCCAAAAUUGUUGGAUGGCAACUAGUAAUCGACUCGACGAAAUAAAAAGUCGUAUAGAACAUCUGGAGGAGGUGAAAAAAUUCAAAACGGAAUUGGCUAGUUUAAAUCUAAUGUUAGAUAGUUAUACCAAAUGGUUUGAUUCAAACAAAAGUAAUAAUCAGAUCGAGCCAUUUAGGGUAAAGAUGAAAUCAAUGAAGUCUCACGAGGAACGGAUAAAAAAGUUGUUAGAAAAAGCCAAAGAACUGUCAGAAAAUCAAACCGGUACCAAUGAAAAUGUUAAUAUAAACACAGACGUGCAAACGUUUGUUUCCAGCUGGGAAAAGUUAUAUAAAAUGCUGUCUGAAAGAUUGGCUGAAUUAAAUGAUGCUGUUGAUAAAACACCACCAAAGAAAUAUACCGACGCAGUUGCGAAUCUUACUUCUUUUAUUAAUAACGUGGAAAGUACAUUACUGUCAGAACAUAUAGUGAUGUCAGAUGAUAAAACAAUGGCAGAACAAUUAAGAAAGUUCAGUGAUCUACAGGAAUCUUUAAAAGAACACCAGGAAGUUUUUAAUUAUGUAAACAGUGUUGGACAUGAAUUAAUCAUGAAAACUAAUGGAGACUCUCAGGGACAAAGACUUAAAGAGGCAUUACAAGAUCUUAAUACCAAGUGGAGUGAUAUACCUAUAAUACUUGAAGAACGUCAACAGAAUUUAUUGAAAGACAUACAAUCUUUAAAAACAUUCAAUGAUGAACUUUCUGACCUUGAAAGUUGGCUUGAAAAAUCACAUCACUACCUAGAAGAAUUGUCAAAAGAUAACGUGACAAAUGAUGUUGAAUCUAUGGAGCUUAGAUUAAAGCAAGUUCAAUCUUUCUGUGAAGAUAUAAAUCGAACAAAACCAAGGAUAGAACAACUUCAAACUUGUACGAACAAAUUACUUGAAAAUUCUGAGCCAAAAUUCGCGAACGUAUUAAAUAAUAAAUUGGAAGUUGUAUCGCAUAAAUGGAAUGCUGUUGUUGAUGGUGCUAAAAGUUUAAAUGAUAAGUAUGAGGAUGCUUUGAAGAAAAAUGACGAGAUUAUUAAUGGAAUAGAAGAUUUUACAAAAUGGUUAUCAUCUUUAGAAAAAGAAAUACCAACUGAAACAAAAAUAACAUCAUCGGUUGAAUUGUUCCAAGUUCGCGGACGAUAUCAAUCUUUAAAGGAAAAGAUUGAUAAACGAGUAGAAGAGUUCAGAAAUCUCAAUGAAAUGGGCAAUGACAAACUGUUAAGUUCAGAAGGAUCCUCAGUGCAGGAACUUGGUAGACGUUUUACAUUUUUAAAUGCUCGAUGGACUGAUGUUACAGAUCGUAUUUACGAAAGAUAUAGACAUUUACAAAACGCUAGUCACGAAUAUGGCGAAUUUCGUGCUUUAGUUGCACAAGAAAGCGAUUGGUUGGAUAAAUUGGAUAAGAGAUUGAAGAAAUCAACGGAAAGUGCUGCUGAUGCUGAAGAAAUAUCAGAAGAACUAGAUGAUCUAGAAAAUUACAUACGAAAUCAUCCAGAAUUAAGGCUUGAAAAAAUACAAGAAAUUGGAAAACAGUUGAUUGAAAGCAAUAUUAUGACACAGUCUAUCCAAGCAGAUGUAGAGAACUUAACAAGUCGCUGGGAAACUUUAAAUAAUCAGGCAGGGCAGCGAGCAAAGCUGCUGGAAGGAUCAGUGAAGCAAGCACAACAAUUAGAAGGAUGCAUUCUUGCUCUUCAGCACUCCUUAACCCAAAUAGAUUCUGUACUAACAGCACGUCUUGACUGCGAUCUUACUGCUGACGAUUUGCCUCAUGAUUAUCAGAAAUUAAUGGAAGAAAUGGAACAUCAACGUUCUACUCUUGAAGAAAUGGUGUUGCAAAUUGAAUCUUAUAAAGCUUCUGGAAAACAGGAAGCUGCACUUAGGCUGCAAGAGCAGCUAACUCUUAUUGAUCAAAAGUUUGCUGAAGUUCAAAAGAAGUUUCAACGUUUCCGGUGCCCGACAAAUUUAGAACCGAGAUUAUCCAGAGCAUUAAGAGAACUUAGAGGAAUAGAGGAAGCAACUUGUUUAUUGGAAUUGUCAUCUGAAGAUCCAGAAGCCAUUGAAGGACAACUUAAACAUUGUCUGCGUUUCUAUCAAACGCUGAGCGAGAUUAAAGGCGAGAUAGAAAAUAUAAUACUGACUGGUAGAAAAUUAGUUGAAGAGAAAAGCGUUGUUGAACCAGAUAAAUUUUCAAGACGGAUUGAUAUGUUAAAGGAAUUGUACAAUAAGCUGGGAUUACAUAUAACUGAAUCAAAAUCAUGUUUGGAAUCUGCUUUAGAUUUAUCACGUGACAUGUACAAAAAUAUGUCUUAUAUUAACAUGUCUCUAGAUAGCAUUAACAAGGAAUUAGAUACGCAAAAAAAUAUGCCUGAUUUACCAGUUAAUGCGAUAUACGUACGAGAAACUUUGACAGAAGUGAUACCAAGACUAAAUGUCGUAAAAGAUAAGUUGUUAAACUCUCAGGAAGAAUUUUCCAAACUUUGUGAUCCUAUGUACUUAGAGCAACUUAAAGAAAAGUUAUCGGAUGUCGUUACCAGAUUAGCAAAUACCGAAAAAAGAUUAAGACUUUGUAAUUCUUCAGAGGAAGAACCUAAUGUUGAUGAGAUAAAUGCAUGGCUUCUACAAAUGGAAGAAAAACUCAAUAAAUUAGAUGGUGUUCCAGUUGAUCAACUGACAGAGAAUCACUUUGAACAAUGCAAGGCUGUUCAAACUGAAAUGAUUGAGGCAAAACCAAAGGUCAACCAAUUGCAACGUUAUACAUACUAUCCAAAGGUUGCAGCAGUCUGCAACAAGUGGGAAGCUGUAUCUAGUAGAAUACAAGAAUGGAUCCACAAGAUCACAGACAGUUUAUUAAUAAAGAGUAAGGUGGGAGAAACUAAGGGGAGAGACAAUUAUGGACGCACUAAAUUGUCUAAACAGCCGGAACAAACUUCGGUGCAACUAGUUAAAAAAGAAAAUAAAUUGAUAGACGAGAAUGAGGAAAUAUAUGGCAUAGGAUAUCUUAAUCCUGCGUUUGACGAAAGUCAAUGUAACGUUAGAAACACACCUGAAAGUUCUCCAAUCGAUAUUGUUCAUCGAAGCCGGAAAUCUAUAAAAUCUGAAAAAGUAAAAGCUAAAAUCGUAGAUGUUAGUAAAACUGUUAGACGGAAAUUAGACAUGAGUUCUGUCCCUGAUGUUGUUCAAACUUCUCAACCACAAGUCGUACACAUAGAUGACGAUCCAUCUUCUUCGUCUCCUGAUUCAGAUGCAUACGUGGCUGAUGAAGAAUUCUUUCUAUCAAAAAAUAGCUCUUUAUUUUCUCAAGUUUCUUCAAACACGUUGGUCACAUCAGACUCGAAACCAUUCAAUAUGUACCAUACACAAAUGAACCCUUUCCAUAUUGUUGAAGUGAAAGAAAUGGAAAUAGUAAAGUCAGUUGCAUCUCCUGAAGAUCAUGUAAUAUUGCCAAGUGCUAAUGUCAGUGUAGGAUUAAUGCCACAAGUUGUUGAAAGAGUAGAAAUCGUUGAGGAUACAGAGACAGAACCAGAAUCGGUAGAUACUGAUACAGAAGAUAAAGAGACUAGGGGUAAGAUUUGCAGUACAAGUAGUACUGGAAAUCAAAUUGUUAACAAAAAAAGGGAGCUUAUUCCUAUUUUAAAGAAAAAACGUGCAGUAGAUCCAUAUGCUGCAAAAAAUGUUAAGAAGUUAACUCUUAAAUUAGAUGUUGAGAAUGUACAAUCAGAGCAUCAAACUUCGUACAAUAAAUCAAUGAGAGUAGAAGAGAAUGUUACACGAAUUCACGAAUCUAUUUCAAUGAAUUCACAACAAUUAUGUAAAAUAAAUAGAACUGACACAAUUGAGAAAGCUUGUGCAUUGAAAGACAAAGAUAGCAUUGCCGAGUAUCUUAUACUAGACGAUAACGAAACACGUUCAAAAUUAAGUUCGAAAACUCAUAUUUCUCUCUCGCCAUCAGUAAGUGAUGCGAAAAGAAGAAAAACACAUAAUGAAAAAGAAUCAACCCCGUUAAGGGAUACUGAUUUCUCUAAAUCACGUAAUGAAAAUCAAAAUCUCGAUUCGGAGAGGAGCACAAAAUCCUUAAUGUUUAGACGUGCCAGAAGUAUCUCAAAAGAUGAUACAUUAGAAGAUUGUGAAAGCUUCUAUGGAAGCGAUAAAGAAACUGACGAUAUUUUAAUUUUUUCUGAUGAUACAGAAAUUGAUGUUGGAAGUUCCAGUUCAGAAGGGGAAGAUCCAAAUUUAGGAGAACAUGUUGAGCACCUCUUGGGCAAGCUACAGGCAGAAAAAUUAUCGCAGGAACUGCAACAGCAUAAAGCAGACGCAAAGGUUUCUGGUGAUAAGAGGGUCUUUAAAGCUUCAACAAAUUUAUCCAGAACGGGUUUAGAGAAAAGUAUUUUGGAAUUUGAACAAGCUGCUCAACUGAUGUUACACAGAAUGGAUGUUAUGUUAAUGAGCAUCAGUAGCAUUAGUAAUGAGAAAGAUCCUACUAAGCGUUUGGAGGUACUAAAGGGCGAAGUUAGUACUCUUGCACCAGAUGCAGCAGCUUUAAUCAGCAAAGGCGAUGGUCUAGUCAUGACAGUGCACACAUCUGAUCCCAUUAGAGCUGAGAAGAUAAAGAACGAACAUCAGGAUAAAUUGAGAAGUAAAUGGCAUCAAGUUAUGUCUGAGAUAGAAACGAGACGUAUACAAGCACAGCGAGCAGAAGAAAUGUUGCGACAGUACAAUAAUAUAAUUGCGGAAUUUGAAGAUUGGUUUAGAGACGUGCCAUUAAAACUUGAACAAGUGAACAAUUACGAAGGGCAAUUAGAAUCAUUCACUGAAGAAUUUGAUGCCAAACAAGAACAAAUUCACAAACUAAACGACUUAGCAGUUGAAUUGAAACGAUUAAACGUUGGAUAUUCUGAAACUGUACGUUACAGCAUUAACAGCAGGUGGCAGGAAGUUAGUUCACAAUUUAAAAGAUUUAGCGGCAGUAAGGAUAAAGAUAAGCAUGUAACUGAUAAGAAAGUUGAAGUGGAUGUGGGAGGUGUUGAUAUGCAAGAAUUCACCAUGAAAGUUAAUAAGAUUAGAGAAGCUGUUGUGACUGUGACGAGAUCUCUAAACUCAGUACCUUUGAAUGGCGACGAUUAUGAAAUGUUCUCCAGUCAAGAGGAGUGUCUUAAAAAAAUUAGCAACGCUUUGAACAUCCUCAAACCGAGUAUCGAAGAGAUCAAUUCUGUUUUCGAAAAUGUUGCUUCUCAGUUAAGAAGGGAACAAGCCGAACAGAUCAGACGUUUAAGCGACAAAUUACGAGACGAAUGGAUAAAUGUCAAUCAGAGUUAUGUAGAAAGAUAUAAUCGUUGGAAUAAAUGUUACGAAAAGUGGAAAGAAAUUAGUAACACCUGUCGGACAUUUUCGGAUUGGCUAGAUAAAAUGGAAGAUUCAUUGAGAAGAUUAAACUCCCUUGGUCAUUCUAAAGUAUCAAAAACAAAAUUAUUUGAGCUGGAACAAGAGAUUUCUAGGAUGCAGAGAACUAUGAAUAAUAUCAACGUUUCAAGUGCAAGUAUUUUCAGCCGUGCUAAGUCGGAAGAUAUGGUGGAACUGAAAGAAAUGGUAGAAACGAUAAAGCGUCGCUGGCAAAAUAUUAUAACCGAUUUAAAUUCAAGGAAAGAGAAGUGUUUUGCUAUGGAGAAGAAAGUGAACAAUGAAAGUAGAAUUUUGGAAAGUGCUUAUAAUAUCUUGGAACAAAUAAAUUCCUUAUUGGUAUCUGCAGCAAAUCCCUCAGACGAGACUUCAUUAUCAAUAAGACUGUCACUCAUUAAGGCAAGACAGGAAGAACUCUCUUCUCGUAAAAGGGCAUUGCAGAACUUAAUCAAUCAAAAUGGUAUUCCCUCGGCAGAAGACGAAUGUAACAAACUACUUGCUGAUAUGGAUAAGGCUAAUACAAGUCUUUCUAAUCAUCGUGAAUAUGUUGAAAAUAAACUUGCUUCUCUUAAAAAAUAUAUUUGUACAUUGGAUGCUGUUAUGGCAUGGGUUAUGGAAACUCGAACAAGAAUUAAUAUAUCUCGUGAUUUACCUCAGCAAGAGAGAGCUGAAGUUAUGAACAAUGUUAUGACUAAAGUUGAAGAUCGUGAAAUGGAAGUAAAAGAUGUACUGGAAAAUUACACCAACUUAGAGAAAGAGUGCGAAUCUGCGAAGCAACCUAUUUCUGUAGAAUUACAAGAGAAGCUAAAGAAAUUGAGAGAAGACUGGCAAUUCGUGAAAAGCAGUGGAGAAUCGCCGAAUUAUGAUGUUAAAUCUGCAACAGCGUCGGGGCCGGCGUCGCGGGGUAUUGAGGUCGAAAAGAGUGCAGGAGCUGCACCGGGGGCAUCGGGUGCAACUGCAGGGGGCCCUCGGGGGUUGACACCGUCCCCUGCCCCCUCAACACCCUCAACCCCCGCAACUACUAGCCAUUCAGUCUGCGCAUCCUUAUCUUCAUCUUCACCAUCACCUUCUUCCUCCCCUUCAGCUCUCGUAGCGGGUUUCGACAAAUCAGUGCUACAGAUACGUGAUUGGCUUACAGGCGAGGAAGAGAUGCUGCGAAAACAAGCGGUGGUCGUCGGCGAUGUCGGCGAAAUCAUGGAGGCGCUUGAUAAACAAAUGGAUGUCCUACGAGAGCUGGGACAGAAAAAGCCGCAGUUGGACGAGUUGGUCCACACAGCGGAGGCGCUUCGAGCGGAUACGAACAGACAGCAGGUGCACGGUAAAGUUACGAAGCUGAGGGAGCACUGGGACGAGAUGAACUCAAAAAUGAUGCAAAGGAAGACGGAGUUGGACGCGAUGCUCGGUGACAGCCAGAGAUACGAAGCGAAGAGGAACGAGGUGGAGGUAUGGUUGGCGCGAAUGGAAACUCGGCUGGAGAAAAUGCGGGCCGUGGGCCACACAGCCGACGUUCUCGAAGCUCAGCUACGGGAACAAAAGUCAUUCCAUGCUGAACUGCACCAAUAUAAGCAUCAGAUCGAACUGUUCAAUCAAUUGACACAGAAAUUGAUUGCCAUUUACCAAGAGGAUGAUACAACUCGUGUGAAGAAAAUGACUGAGACUAUUAAUCAGAGAUACAACAAUUUGAACACCAGCAUCAUCAAUCGUGGAAAACUGUUGCAUUCCGAGAUGAACUCCCUCCACAACUUCGACCGGUCUCUGGACAAGUUCUUGGCUUGGUUGAGCGAAGCUGAGUCCUCGAUGGAAGGAUUGGAAGCGGAAGCUGAUCGACUAGGUGGACGACGGGACCAGGGUGCUCUCAGACGACCGCAACAUCAGCUUAAGGUACGUAGACCAGGAUUCAUCCCCCUUUUACCAGCUAAGAUACCGGAUCUUCAAUCGGAGAUCGAAACACACCGGGACGUUUAUGCAUCCCUGAAUGGUACAGGGCGGAAGUUGUUAAGCUCCCUUGCCAGCCAGGAUGAUGCUGUUAUGCUACAACGACGACUGGAUGAAAUGAACCAGAGAUGGCAUCACUUGAAAGCGAAGAGUAUGGCAAUAAGAAAUCGGUUGGAGAGCAACACGGAACACUGGAACGCCCUGUUGCUGUCUUUGCGAGAGCUAAUUGAAUGGGUGAUUAGAAAAGAUACCGAGCUCACUGGUCUGGGUCCUGUUCGCGGGGAUGUGGCUGCGUUGCAAAAACAACAGGAUGAUCAUCGCGGCUUCAGAAGGCAGCUCGAGGAUAAGCGACCGAUCGUGGAGAACAAUCUUCUGAGUGGUCGCCAGUACAUCGCCAAUGAGCCGCCACUGUCUGAUACUUCGGAUUCUGAAGCCGGAAGAGAAUUGGACGGUGAUUCGAGAGGGUACAGAAGCGCAGAGGAGCAAGCACGCGAGUUAACGCGCAGCAUUCGCCGGGAAGUGAACAAACUUUCAGAGCAGUGGAACGCCCUAAUCGAACGUAGCGAUGCGUGGAAGCGGAAACUCGACGACACCGCUAACAAAAUAUGUGUCUUCCAAAAGUCGCUGGAGGAUCUGUCGUCGCGAAUGGCCGCCGCCGAGGCGAUCCAAAGCGGAUGGCAGAAUCCGAACGACGCAAACGAAGCGACGGAAUUGCUGGAACAGUUGCAGAAAUUUGGCGAACGAUUGGUGCCCAUACAGAGGAACAUCGAGGACGCGAACGAUCAGGCGAGCGUCUUCGCCUCGAGCAGUGUCAUCGUUUCUCAUGCUCUGCUGGCGAAACUCGAAGAUCUCAACACCAGGUGGAAGGUGCUGCAAGUGGCGGUUGACGAGCGUUACAAGUUGCUAAGCGGAUUUGGAAAGGAUGGCAGCACUCCGGGUAGUCAGGCUUUCCUCGCGAGCAGCGUGGAACCACCAUGGGAGAGAGCCCUCACACCCGCCAAAGUGCCUUACUAUAUCAACCAUCAAUCGGAGACCACCCAUUGGGAUCAUCCGAAGAUGAUAGAGCUGAUGUCUUCUCUGGCGGACCUGAACGAGGUACGAUUUUCGGCGUACAGAACUGCGAUGAAGCUGCGCACCGUUCAGAAACGUUUAUGCCUGGAUAUGUUGAGCCUUUCUACCGCAUUAGAGCAGUUCGAUUCUCACGGGCUACGAGCACAAAACGACAAGCUGAUCGACAUUCCCGACAUGGUGACAGUGCUGACGUCUCUGUACGAAGUGAUAACGGCUGACAAUCCAAGCCAGGUGUCUGUGCCGUUGUGCAUCGAUUUGGCCAUCAAUUGGCUCCUCAAUGUAUAUGAUAGUCAACGAACCGGUCAGAUUCGCGUGCUUUCCUUCAAAGUCGGCCUGGUCCUGUUGUGCAAGGGUCACUUGGAAGAGAAAUACCGAUAUCUCUUCCGACUGAUCGCUGAUCCAAACAGACUGGUCGAUCAACGGAAACUGGGUUUGUUAUUGCACGACUGCAUCCAAGUACCGCGACAGUUGGGCGAAGUGGCGGCGUUCGGUGGAUCGAACAUCGAGCCAAGUGUCCGCAGUUGCUUCGAGAAGGCUGGAAAGGAUAAAAAUGAGAUCGAAGCGGUGCACUUUUUGAGUUGGUUACAGCAAGAACCGCAGAGCAUGGUCUGGCUGCCUGUGCUUCAUAGACUCUCCGCUGCGGAGAGCGCUAAGCAUCAAGCGAAGUGUAACAUAUGCAAGGAAUAUCCCAUCACUGGAUUCAGGUACCGUUGCUUGAAAUGCUUCAACUUCGACAUGUGUCAGAACUGUUUCUUCUCGGGUCGUAAAGCGAAGAAUCACAAAUUGACGCAUCCGAUGCAAGAAUACUGCACAGCGACCACAUCUGGCGAGGACGUGCGCGACUUCACGAGAGCUCUUCGAAACAAAUUCAAGUCGAAGAGAUAUUUCAAGAAGCACCCGAGAGUCGGUUAUCUGCCGGUGCAGACCGUUUUGGAAGGGGACGCGCUGGAGAGUCCGGCACCCUCGCCGCAGCACAGUUCUCUCAGCCAGGACAUGCACUCGCGAUUGGAGAUGUACGCUUCACGUUUGGCGGAGGUCGAACUGUCGCGUACGAGAAGCAACUCGACGCCGGACAGCGACGACGAGCAUCAACUGAUCGCGCAUUACUGUCAGAGUUUAAACGGUGGCGACAACGUGAACGUUCCCAGGAGUCCUGUACAGGUGAUGGCCGCGAUCGACGCUGAACAGAGAGAGGAACUCGAGGCGAUGAUACGCGAACUGGAGGAAGAGAACGCGACGCUCCAAGCGGAGUACGAACGAUUGCGAUCGAAACAGACGCCUGGAUCGACCCCGGAGGAUGGCCACGGGAAUAGACAGCCCGACUGCGACAUGAUAGCCGAAGCGAAAUUGUUGAGACAACACAAGGGAAGAUUGGAGGCGCGCAUGCAGAUACUGGAGGACCAUAAUCGCCAGCUGGAGGCACAGCUGCAGAGACUCAGACAACUUUUAGACGAGCCAAACGCUUCGUCGCCGUCGAAAACAGGCACGCUGCAAACUCGAAGCGUAACAGCAUCCCAAUUAGCGACCGAUUCUCCAGCAAAGAUGAACGGACAUUAUCAUGAUUCUCCAGGUGGUGGAGGCUCGAACGAGGGGCGAGUGAGCAGUUUAGAGAGGCCACCACCGCCACCACAUUCUCACAGCGUUGCCCACAACGUGGGCAAUCUCUUGCACAUGGCAGGAGACUUAGGAAAGGCUGUCGGUGAAUUGGUGACGGUAAUGACCAGCGAGGACUCGUCGAAGAGCAACGGGCAAAGGGCACCACCACCGGCUUUCAAAUAAACCAUCCCCCGAAUUAUUAAUUAUCACGGCUAUGUUCGGGGUGACGAUAUCCAACGAUAACGACGAAGAGUAAAUCGACUCGUUUCGAUCGCGAAUUUUAAUCUACGAACAUUAAUCUUUAUAAUCAAUGACCAAUAAGAAGUCUGGCUCUAACGCAUAUCAGAGAGAUUGGUAUUAUAUCGCGCAAAUGCAGGGUCAGGGGAGCCGUCACAGUGGUUUUGGGUAUUUUAUAAGUUUUGAUAUACAACGUUGUAUAGCUAAAUUAUUAUUGAAUAAGACGAUUUAUUGGUUUGGCUUUGACGGCCCUCUGAGUGUAACUUUACUACAUAUUGACACGUCAUAUCAUUUCAAGAAAAUAAAGAGAGAAAAGAAAAAAGAUAAAGCUAAUCGUACAGCGAUGAAAAAACAUGAUGGAAAAUUCAUGGAAAUGAAUCAGUUGUUAUAAUGCUUUCUAGUUAAAAUGAAACUAUACGAAAGAGGUGAACGACGAAGAGGAAUAUAAUGAUUAUAAGAGAAUUACGCGAAAGGAAAUAUCAUUAACAAUGCAUGCAAAAGCAAUGUAUCAAAUCACGUACUCUAUUAUAGAUCGUAGGAUAUAUUUACAUACCCAUUCUGUUCACUGCCACGGGCUCUUCCUCAACAUUAUAACAUACACGAAUGGUACAUGUUAUGUGAUUCUAGAGGACAGGUGAAAGAGUAACGAAGAUGAUUGAUAAAUAGAGAGAAUAUACGGAAUGUACGAAAGAAAAAAUAUUCGUAAGAGAUAGAUGAUAUCCUUUCCGAUAUAAUUCGCAUCGAACACCACCCGUACACACGUACAUUACAUGCAUAUCAUUAUACGUUAUUAUACAUACACACGGUUACGUAAAAGGAUACACAAACGUACACGUACGUACACACAUUACUCUCGACUACACACACGCUGACGACAUUUUUGUAAUCGAUAAUAAAAGCAAAGCAAAGCAAUGUGCAUUAUUGACUUCUCAAAUUUAUUUUUUAAUCCGGUUAAUCGAUCGUUUUUUCAUAUUUUUUAAUGGAUUUUAGAUGGCAAUGUCUAUUAUUUAAGCCUGCCGGAUGUUACUUAUAUUUAAGAGUAUAUCGAUAAGUAUCUAAUUUACAAGCUGUAGGCUGUAUUCUGAUAUGUAAUAAAGUUGUCUAGAAAAUAA